GGAAUUCCUCCAUCUAAAUAAAACUGCAAUUGAGAAGUCUAGCACUGCAGUUACUUGCUUUUAUCGAUGUUUUGAUCGCGCAGAUGGGGACGAUUUUCAGUUGAAGUAUGGUGAAUGGAUCGAAAUCACCAUCCUCAAUAGCAUGUACAAAUCUUAUAUUUUCGAAGGAAUGAGUAAAGUUGGAGACAAUUCCUAUCCAAAUGCUGUCGCUUUCCUAGCAGCAAAAACUAGGGCCGAAUUUGGCGACGCCUAUGGAUAUUUUGAUGAUCGACCCUUGAUAUGGAAAGAUUUUGCACAAGCGGGUUACGAGACUUUGUAUGCAGAAGAUUUUGUUGAUUUCAAUUUGUUUACAUAUCUUGCCAAAGGAUUCCGAACUAAACCGUCAGAUCACUACCUCAGGUAA